AUGUCAUCACGACGGACCGCGUCUGAACCCUCGCCGUCCUCCUUGGGUUACCGCGAAAUGGCACGCGGCAUCCCGCCGCGAUCCCUCCAGACCUCAGGCCGUGCCCUGGAGCUGGAGCUGGAGCUCAUGGCAAGAUGCUCGCACACGCCCCCGCCCAUCUGCCAGGGUGGCCGUCGGUUUCUUCCCCAGUCCCGCAUUGGGCCUGGUGCACAGACCGAGAACGACUCGCAGACUCGCAUCGGCCACGACGACACAACUCUGGCGUGGCGGCAGCGAGCCCUCUGCAUCCACGGACGGUCCAGCCCAGUCCCGGGACACACAGCGACCUGCUGCCGUACACGACCGCAUAGGGCCAGACAAGUCCACGCCAUUACCGAGUACGGAGCAGCCCAUGCAGCACCAAAUCCGCCACAGAUGCGCGGGCGGGUCGACAACACCACUACCGACCUAGAGAUGCUUGCUUGCACCAAGGGCCUCUGCCUCUGCCUCUAG